GUCCCCAACACGCGCGGAUUUUUACGGAACCCCAUCCUCCUCGCCCCCUUUCCUUCAGCCUUUACAAAUAACCCUCUGCCCAGCCGUAUAAAAUCCCCGCGUCGUCCCAUCUUUUCCCCAGCUUCUUGCCUCUUGCCCCCAUCGUCGCCGCCGUCUCUGUCUGCAGACACCACCUUUUCCAACCCUCUCCCCCCUCCUCGUGCAUGUUCGCGAACCAGCUGUGCAGCACUCACAACUCUCACCGAGGCGUUAAGCACACGACCGCCGCGUUUGUCAGAAUUUACUGAAUCGACCGACUCCCACCCCGUCUAUCCACUCUACUCUCAAUAUCUAUCAUGGCUCCCAACAACACCUCUUCCUCCGGGAGCGCUACCCCCGAGUCGCCCAUCGAUUCAGUGCUUCCUGUACAUCCGACGGCGGCGCGUCGCGACGCCUCGAUCAUCGUGCAGUCGGACAAGACCGCCUACAGCGACGAGUUCAUUACCUCCACGUACGUCAACCGCGGCGCGGAGGUGAACGUCGUCAACGGCCAGUACCUCGUCAAGCCAACUGCCGAUGAGUUCCAGUUCCAGACCAAGCGCGCCGUUGGCAAGACUGGCCUCAUGAUGGUUGGCCUCGGCGGCAACAACGGAACGACCCUUUGCGCGACCAUCCUCGCCAACCGCCACAACAUCGCCUGGGGCACCAAGAGCGGCAUGCAGCAGCCCAACUACAUCGGCUCCAUGCUCCGCGCCUCCACCGUCUCCAUCGGCGUCGAUCCCGCCACGGGCCGCGACGUUCACGUCCCCAUCUCCGACGUCCUCCCGAUGGUCCACCCCAACGACCUCGUCCUCGGAGGCUGGGACAUCUCCGGCCUGCCCCUCGACAAGGCCAUGAAGCGCGCCCAGGUGCUCGACUACGAUCUCCAGCGCCAGGUCGAGCCGUACAUGGCUGAGCUUGGCAAACCGCUCCCCUCCAUCUACUACCCCGACUACAUCGCCGCCAACCAGGAGGCGCGCGCGGACAACGUCAUCCCCGGAGCGGACAAGCAGGCGCACCUCGAGCAGAUCCGCGCUGACAUCCGCGCGUUCAAGCAGCAGCACGGCCUCGACCGCGUCGUCGUCUUCUGGACCGCCAACACCGAGCGCUACAGCGACAUCAUCCCCGGCGUCAACGACUCCGCGGACGCGUUGCUCUCCGCCAUCAAGGCCUCGCACGAGGAGGUCGCGCCGUCAACGAUCUUUGCCGUCGCGGCCAUCCUCGAGGGCGAGCCCUUCGUGAACGGCGCGCCGCAGAACACUUUCGUGCCGGGCGUCAUCGAGCUCGCCGAGCGCGAGAAGGCUUUCAUCGGCGGCGACGACCUCAAGUCGGGCCAGACGAAGCUCAAGUCCGUCCUCGCCGAGUUCCUUGUCAACGCGGGCAUCAAGCCGCUCUCCAUCGCGUCCUACAACCACCUCGGGAACAACGACGGGCACAACCUGUCCGCCGAGCGCCAGUUCCGCAGCAAGGAGAUCAGCAAGAGCAGCGUCGUCGACGACAUGGUCGAUGCGAACCGGCUGCUGUACAAGGCGCCGCCGGUAGACGCGAAGGGCCAGGCGGUCGGGAAGGGCGAGCACCCGGACCACAUCGUCGUGAUCAAGUACGUGCCCGCGGUGGGCGACUCGAAGCGCGCGAUCGACGAGUACUACUCGGAGAUCUUCUGCGGCGGGCGGCAGACCAUCAACAUCUUCAACGAGUGCGAGGACUCGCUCCUCGCGACGCCCCUCAUCCUCGACCUGACGAUCCUCACCGAGCUCCUGACUCGCGUCAAGUACCGCAAGGCGGCCGCGGGCGGCGACUUCCAGCCCCUCUACUCGGUGCUCUCGCUUCUGUCGUACAUGCUCAAGGCCCCGCUCGUUAAGCCUGGCACCGAGGUCGUCAACAGCCUUGGCCGCCAGCGCAACGCGCUCGAGGCCUUCCUCAAGGCGUGCGUCGGGCUCGAGGGCAGCAGCGACCUGCUCUUGCAGACUCGCAUCUGGUAGGCGGUUGGGCGCAAGUGCUGUCGAUCUAGACGUGUGAUUCGGUAGGCGGCUCCUGGAGAGGGCGAAGGAGAUGUGUGAGGGCGAUGUGGAAGCCCAGCUACUGUAGCGCGUCGUACAACCGGCCGCUGGACGAAUGCCUGCCACUCAACUGGUGCACGGCCUUGCUUAGAAUUUUUGCUUGCGAAUUGAACCACUGUUUUCUCUGCCUC